AUGUCGAUCGUGGCGAUGGGCUCGUUCGUCUCUGACUCGGUGCGCAGCACCUCUGGCUCGUACAAGGGGACCAGCACGAAGGUGAGCUACGUCAGCGCGCAGAACCUGGCUGCCAUCUUAUACCCGAGUAUCAACAAGUACCCGGCGGUCCACCCGAUCCCACCGAUGAUCACAGUGGUGGAGCUGGACAUCCACACGGUCCUGGGCCUGCCCACGGACGUCGACGCGUGCACGAGGUACGAGUGGAAGGUCUACCCGAAGGACACCUUGUACUCGUACAUAAAGGAGACCAGUAUCGGGUCGAUGACGAGAGCACCCGUGGAUCACACACUCGAAGAUCUCACAAAGACGUUCACCCCAAUGGUCAACAGCCUAUUCAGCAACAGGGGGUCCAUCCCUGCCGGCUACACGCCCAGGCCUAUGCCCGAGGGGCAACGACUCGAGCAAGAACUCCAUCCUCACGCAGAUGGACGACCCACCGGCAAAUCUAGGUUGCGGCAGGUCAUCGUUUUGGAGAACAUAAUAAACAGGCUGGAGAACAUCGUCGAAUCGUUCAAGAGUAGGGAGAAGGCCAUCGUCAAGAUGUGCAUAAUGCUCGAGACCAUGGUCGAGAAGGAGCCGGUCACCGACGGAGAGAUGAUCGAAUUGAACAAGGCUGUCAAGAUCAGGUUCCCGGAGGAGUUCGUCCAGUUUGAGGAAGCCACGGCGGUCGUCACGGCGAAGCCCGCGCUGAUAGAAGGGAAUACGGGGAUGAUCAAGGGCACGAUCCAGCCUUCGGCGCCGUUGAUAUAUAAUGACGGGCAGGAGCUCGGGCGUGGCCAGGGCGAGGUACCCGCGGACCACACAAGGACGCCCAUGAGCGGUACCACGGGCAUAUUCGCCGGGUCGGCAAUUACUAGCGCGGUGACGGACGUCAGCAUAUUCAAGGGCGCUGCCAUCGAUAUGUCCAAGGGCCUGGUCGAGACCCAGCCGGAUGAGGUGAUCACCACGAUCCAGUAG